AUUUUUUUCUUUCAGGAAAUGGGGAGGUUGCAGCAGUUGUACUGUGAGAGACGGCUGGUUUGAAGGAACCACGUGAUGAAUCAUACUUCCUCUAACAGUUGGGCCUCUUGUCUUCAGUGAUCAGUGGCACAGAGAUGGCGAGUACAAGAAUCACAAACCUCCAGACUGCAGCGAAGCAACCGCAGCUGGUUCAGCCUCCACAGCGCAGCGCCGUGGCACAGGGGGCCGUUCAGAUCCGCAUUAAGAACUCACAGAGUUCUGGAGACCGCCUCAGUCAGUCCAAGUCCAUGGUCCUGCAGGAGUCCGACCUUCCCCAGAAACCUAUCUCUCGGCAUCGCAGGAACCAGUCUCAGCACAAUGUCCUGGUCUCUGUAGGUUCUGAAACUUUAGAACCACUGGUGCAGUUGAAAGGUGAACACCUGAAUGUGGCAAAGAUCUCAGAAAGUGGUAAGAAGCACAGGAAGAACUGGACUUUGAUGUGGAGCGUUCUGACCUCAGACCAACUGCUGUUAUAUAAAGAGAGACAACAAGAAACCAGCCAGAAACCAGGAAGUAAGACAGAUGUUGUUCAGCUGUGUGGAGCUUUUAUCGAGUGGACGACGGAAAAGUCGAGCAGGAAAAAUGUGUUCCAGAUCACAACAAACACAGGAAGUGAGUACCUCCUCCAGACUGACAGUUACUCCACAGCCAGUAAAUGGUACGACGCCAUCAGAAAGACCAUUGACUCUUCAACUAAAGCAGAUGGAGGUCUUCCUCUGCGGAGGUCAAACAGUACAGAGUACCUGCCCAGACACAGCUCCCUACCUGGUUAUGGCUCCGCCUCCCCAAACACCAAGCAGCGCAACCCGGUACACAGACGCUCCAUCAACAUGUUUGGCAGCUCCAAGCUGAAACACAGCACGUCCGACAGCGCUGACAAGAACGGAGUGAAGAACAGACUGAAGAAGUUUAUCAUCAGGCGUCCGUCCAUGAAGACUCUGCAGGAGAAAGGCCUCAUCAAAGAUCGAGUCUUCGGCUGCCAUCUGUUGACUCUGUGCGAGCGUGAAGGAACCACAGUGCCGCGGUUCGUUCAAAUCUGUUUGGAUGCAGUUGACAAGCGAGGUCUUGAGGUGGACGGAAUCUACAGAGUCAGUGGAAAUCUGGCCACCAUCCAGAAACUUCGCUUCAUCGUUGAUCAAGAGGAGGACCUAGAUCUGGACCACAGUCAGUGGGAGGACAUCCACGUUGUCACAGGAGCCCUCAAGAUGUUUUUCCGUGAGCUGCCAGAGCCACUGUUCCCCUUCAGGUUCUUCCAGCCAUUUGUGGAGGCCAUCAAGAUUAAAGAACCCACACACAAAGUUCAGGCUAUGAAGAAACUGAUCCAGGAGCUGCCCAAACCCAACCAGGACACCAUGAAGCUGCUCUUCAGUCACCUACACAGAGUUCUGGCCUUCUCCAGGAAGAACCUGAUGUCCACUCAGGGCAUAGGCAUUGUGUUCGGCCCAACUCUGUUGUGGCCUGAGCUGGAUGCAGGAAACAUGGCAUUCAACAUGGUCUACCAGAACCAGAUCGUGGAGUUCAUCCUCAUCGAGAGCCAACAAAUCUUCAACCUGGACAGGAAGUGAAGUGUCCUGAGGUGGACCUGAUCAUCUGACGGACUCAUAUUUACACAUUGAAGCUAAAAAUAACCAAAUUCCUUUGGAAAUGUUGUUAUAACAGAAAUCACUGCACUGUAAAAAUAAACUGAUUUCUGAUCAGAAUAAAGUUUAAGAGAAUCCUUUUUUUAAUGAACACAAACCAAUCAUUAAUUAAUGAAUGAGUUCCCUGCCAACCCUAAUUUUAAAAGGACAUGCGUUUGGUUUGAAUGUAGAUGAAAAAUGUUUCUUUAAAAUUUGAAAGAACAAUGUACAACAUGUACAAUGGUAUACUGUUGCUAUAGCAACAACAGUACCUCAUUCAAACUUUUUUGUAAUCUGUAAUUUUUUCUUGUCUGUAAAAUCAUUUAAUGAUAUCUGAGUGGAUUUGACAAUGGCUGCACAUUCAGAUUCUGUGGCUCUUUCAACCUUCUCCGUUUUUAUUUUAAUCUGUUUUCGGCUUUAUUGCUGAAACACAUAUAACAGACAGAACCAGUCUACAGUCAUCAGAAAAGGACGCGUGGGGUUUUGGAUGUUUGAGCAGUGGACUUUGAGGACAAUCCAUCCAGCCAGAUCAGCAGGACCAGCACAUCAACAGCAGGUGCCAUGCUGGCCCAGCUUGGAUUUAAGGCUUUGGACCAAAUGGGUCCAAAGGGAACCAGAGACUGUUAGGUCUACGUCUUCACAGAGACCUGCUCCACCAACAUCCUGGCUCCUUGACAGGCGGACUCUGUUUCAUAAAUGUUUCGUAACACACCGCAAGAUUCGUUCAGUAGCGUCAACAGUCAAUACAUUUUUUUAUAACGCACAAUAAGGAGUUGUUUGUGUGAGUCAACAGUUAAUAAAUGUUUUAUAACACAUUUUAAAGAUUGUUAAUAUAAAUGUCCUUAAAACUGCUGACUAUGUGGAUAAAUAGCUCAUUUUGUGUU